UAUGUUCUUGUGGCUUAUAUGUUGCCACCAGAUGGACUGGAGAGUGAAACCUGUGCAUCUUCUCCUGAACACUUCAUUGUAGCUUUGAUAGGUUCUAAUAACAACUGAAAAGCCAGGAAUGAUCAAAGAGCUCACUUUAAACUAUGAUGCGGUUAAUGAAACCAACACAUUCACGAAUGGCAACAUUGUUCAGGGGCGAGUUUUUUUGGAAGUGAUCAAAGAAGUAAAGAUCAGCUUUUUUUACAUAAAGUGUAAAGGAGAUGCAGACGUGAACUGGUCAACAGGGGGUGAGGAUGGGCACUCAUACCAUGCUCAUGAGAGAUACUUCAAACUGAAGCAGAUUUUCAUCCAGAAGGACUCUAAGCAGGGUGGUAAUGUGGUUAGACAAGGAAGCCAUGUCUUUCCAUUUAGCUUUCAGCUGCCCAGUUGGAAUUUACCACCAUCAUUUGAAGGAAGCUAUGGCUCGAUUAAGUACGUACUGGAAGUCAGACUGUAUCAUUUGUCGGGGAAGAACUGCACUGUGAAAACAAAACUCACUUCUGUACCGAGGAUCAGUAGCGGUGGUGCUCUUUUAAUGUGUCCACAGAUUGCUGCUACAGAGAAAAAGAUGAAAGUGUUCGGCUCCGGAAGUGCCUCAAUUAGAACAACCAUUGACAAAAUGGGUUACAUUCCAGGUGAUGUCAUCAAGGUUUCCGCUAAUGUUGAUAAUUCUUCGUCUCGUGAGGUCAAGCUGGAGUUCAGUCUCAAGCAAAAACAGAUCUUUACUGCAGAAGGGGCGCAUACCUCUUCAUCAAAAACAAUUUUCAGUGUAGUUGGACGUCACAUCCCAUCUGGAUCAAAGCAAACAAUCAACACAGACCUGAAGAUCCCACCUAACCUGGAACUAAGCGUCACAAACUGUACGAUUAUUAAAGCGGAGUACAUACUCAAGGUCCGCUUGAUUAUCCCCUAUGCUAAGGACCUAAUGAUGGAAUUUCCAUUGGUGAUUCUCCAUGCAAGCCAGCUUUGUACUUUGCAACCAAGUGUUCAACUGUGCGGUAUUCCAGAUGAAUCAAGAAGGAGCAACCCUGCACCCCAGGCUGCCUUUGGGCCCAAUCCUCCACCCCAGGCUGCAUUUGGACCCAAUCCUCCACCCCAGGCUGCAUUUGGGCCCAAUCCUCCACCCCAGGCUGCAUCUGGCCCCAUUCCUCCUGGUGCUGCCUCUGGUCCAGCUCCAGGACUUCACCCCAGCCCAUACCCUUCACCUGCAAAUUCACAGCCAGCCAAUCCAGAAUCUCCUCCUCCUUGCUAUACAGACAUCUACCCACAACUUAGCCAUAAAUUCUAAGUUUCCAGCCACCUCCAUCAGCUCCAUCCUUCCAUCCUCCUCUAUUCCCUGCUAUGGGUUAUCAAAAUGCACCUGCAUUGGUCUUAUCCAACUGAAAUCCCUGAAAACAGGCUUUAUUGGACACAGUUUUAAACUCUGUACCUGAUGAACUGGAGAUCAUUUUGUAGUCACAAGAAAUUAAGCUAUGCAGAACUGUGGAGCCUGCCUCAUCAUGAGGGUUUAGAUGAAAGUGAAGGCUUUAAUGGUGAUUAAUAUUCUGAAAAAUUAAAUUCAUCCAGCUUGUUGAUUUCUUUCCAGUGACAAAUUAUUAUUGUUUAUCAAAAAAGCCCAUAAAGUCAUUUUGCUUGAAACUCUCCAUAGGACCAGCUUUCUGUGGAUACCCUAGACUCUGCCAAGGGAGCAGAAUUCAAAUGAUGUGGAUCACAAACAUCCAACCAAUCAGAACAAACUACCUGUUAGUCUUCUGCCUGCACAGCACACAGAAAAAUUGGAAAAGUCUUAAACCCAAUAAUCUGGAAGUUUCUUGGUUCACAAGCAGGCAUUUAUAUGAUUCUAUUCAAGCAGGCAUUUAUGUGGUUGUAUUUAAUCAUAUUCAAAACAAUUUUAUUUAUAUCUAAAAUUAAGAUGUGACAUGUAUAAUUUGUAUACAAUAUUUAUGGUUCAUGUAAAAUAAAUGUAACUUCUUGAUUUAUCUUAA